AUGAAGUACCAGUUAGUGUUCUCAGUUUUCCACUUAUUAAUUUCUUGCUUUUUGAUUUUCUUAACUGGGCCACCCCUUCAAGCUGAGGGAACUUCGCUAUUUAAUGUGUUUCGACCAAAUAGUGCUAGGCACAGAGUAUAUCCACGAAGUAGCUCGACACACCUUGAAUUAACACAGGCUAGUGAAAAGGCGCGUACCCUGUGGAACGAAAUCGAGGCCAAAAGCCAAAUGAACCCCUGUUGGAAAAGGUCUGUUGAAGCACUACGCAGUGAUUGUGCAACUAUACGCGCUGAAAGCGCUUUGCGCACACGUCUGGCCCUCGGUAUGGCAGCCUGCGAUAGUGAAAGCGACGACCGCGGUGGGGCUUCCUCCUUUUACUGCACACCGCAACAAAACCCUCACAAAUGUGUGAAGGGACUUUCUGAGCCAGCUUAUGCGAUAUUCAUUCAGUAUCGCUUACACACCGAUGUUUUAUGUGCUUUUUUACAGGAAGAGCUCUUUCAGCAGCGCACAGAAGCUGCUGUAAUUGCACUGGAAUCUGCUGCUGAAUUGAGUAUUGAUUCCCUUAAAAACUUGCAAUAUAGCAGUGUGAAGCUGCUUCGCACAGCUGAAGAGACAAUGGAAGCUCAUCAAGAUUCGAAGCGCUUAUCAGUUGAGCUGCAUAAAGGCCUCCAGAGGCUGCAAGAUAGUCAAAACAACACAAUGCAGGGGCUGCACAUUUCAGCCGAUAGUAUUUUACGCACAUCAAAUCACACCAAAGAAUCCCUCCUGUAUAUACAAAAAUUAUUGAACUCGGUUGCCGUUAACGCGAGUUAUAAGCUUGAUGAAUUAGCGACGCAGGCUGCUGAACACUACGCAUCCAUGGACCAGCGCACGAGUAAAAUUUUCCAGCUACUCCGGUACAUCGAAAAGGCCCACACAAACCUCAUACGCCAUGCCAUCUCUCUCCAAGCGGCGCUGCAAUACGUCUUGGUGGUGACUUUGAUUCUAUGCACCACCAUGCCAAGACGGACAGCAGCGGCGCGGUUGCCGGCCUUGGGGUGUUUAGCGGCGGGAUUGUUUGCCGGUGUGCUCACAAAAGGGGGUCCCCUUGGACAAAUCCCGUGGAUUAUCAUCACCUCGGGCGCCGCUACCAUGAUAAUAGGCUACGUUGGAUGCACUUACGUUUCCGUGGAGUGUCUGCAGCGGCAAAUCAUCCAUGAUGAAGUCAUGCAGAUUGUGAAGAAAUCACAAAUGGAUCUCAUGGCGUGGAUCGAAGCGAAGGAUUUCCUUCCCUCCCCGUAUUCUACAGCUUUGAGUGCGGCGACUACUGCACCGAUGUCCUCACUGCUCCACCAGGUCCCUCAUUCUUUCCUGUCUUGGGGUCGACCACCUGAGGGGUUUAUUCCAUCACCGAUUAACAUUAUCCCUCUUCCAAGACCAGUCGUAUCAAGCAACUGCGACGAUGAUAAACGUUAUAAUCGAAAUAAAGAAGUCCACCCUGAGAGGACGAUACUUGAGAUAGACGUUGAAGAAUCUCAAAAGUCGUCGCCUGAGGUAACCAUACCAAAGAAACCGCCGAAGAUUCCUGCAAUGAAAAGGCCGCGUGCCAAAAACAUAGACUCCCCUUUGGAUAACCCCAUUGGCACGCCAAAGUCCAAACAGUCUACCCAUCAACACCGCAGACGAAUUGAGGAAUGA